AUGACUUCAUUUACCCCCCAGCCCCUGGACGCCUCAAAGCUAACCUACGCAUACACCACCGAUCCACGCGAUGUACCCGAUGAAGCUACCGCCCUUAAAAGCUACGAGACCAUCUGCACCGACCACAUGAUCAUCGUACGCUGGAAGAAAGACAUCGGAUGGUCUACCCCAGAGCUCAAACCAUAUGGCCCAUUAAGCCUCUUCCCAACGGCGUCCUGUCUCCACUACGCACACGAAUGCUUCGAGGGCCUUAAGGCCUACCGCGGCGAUGACGGGAACCUUCGACUCUUCCGCCCAGACUGUAACGGCGUCCGUCUGCAGAUGUCCGCAAAGCGCAUCUCCCUGCCCCCGGCUCCGUCGGAGGAAUUGAAGAACCUAAUCAUUGCUCUCCUUCACGUCGAUGCGGCGAAAUGGCUCCCGAAACAUCGCGCUGGAGACUUCCUCUACAUCCGCCCGACAAUCAUCGGCUCGAAUUCUCAGCUCGGCAUGCAGGCUCCCACGGAAGCUUUGCUGUAUAUCAUUGCUUGCUAUAUGCCGCGCAUGGAUAUGGUAGCGGGUGGGAAGCGCUUGCUCACCUCGCCGCAAGAUACGGUGCGCUCCUGGGUGGGUGGGUUUGGGUAUGCGAAGGUCGGGGCGAACUAUGGCCCUUCUGUAAUUGCUACUGAAGAUGCGACGAGUCGGGGCUUCCAUCAGGUUCUUUGGUUAUAUGGUGCAGAGGGGGAGUGCACGGAGGCUGGUGGUAGUAAUUUCUUUUUGAUAUGGCGGCGUCGGGAUGGGAGGAAAGAGAUGAUCACUGCGCCGUUGGAUGACCAUCUCAUUCUGGAUGGUAUCACUCGCCGGAGUUGCAUUGAGUUAGCAAAAGAGAGACUCGGGGAUCGACUUGAGAUUACGGAGCGCAAGUUUACGAUUGGGGAAGUUUUGGAGGCUUCCACCGAGAACCGAAUUUUGGAGUCAUUUGCUGCUGGAACAGCGUGGUUUAUCACUCCUAUUUCACACAUUCGCCACAGAGACCAUGAUAUCAAUAUCCCCAUGGGGCAAGGGAAUGAACCUGGCGAGGUUACCGGAAAGAUGAAGGGUUGGCUCGGCGACAUCAUGUACGGUCGCACUGAGCACGAAUGGGCAACUAUAGUUUCUGAGAAAGAGUAG